AUGAGCAACUUUCCCCCCUCUCAGGCGGAGGCCGGCACGCCGCCUAUGCAGGGCGGGGCUGUCGGAGUCCCAAAUGCGUUCUAUGCCUCGCCAGAAAGUUCAGGCAUCUCUCCAAACAGUCAAGAUGCGUUCCUCUUUGCGCAGCAAUCAGCCAUACUGGCACAAGCCCCGGCUAUGACAGCCGAUCCCCACGCGAUUCCCCUGUCUCAGACGCAAGUGGGCUACAUGGCUGAUGGCUGUGGAAGUCAACACGUGAUGCAGGCAGAGGCGUACAUGCACUGGGAUGCAUCCAUUCCACAGCAGGUUGCGCCGGGAGAACCCUACGCGCACAUGCCGCCCGGGAUGGGUGCCCUAGGUCCAGUCCCUGGAGCUUUUCCAGGCGCCGCUCUUCCUUUCUCCUCCGCGCCCCUCGUGGGCCCUGCCAGGUCGCCCUUCGGCCCGGGCGAGAACGCGUCCGUGGUGAGCCGGUCGGGCCUUGGAGGCCAACGCAGGCUCGCGGGGCCCGCAGGCAAAGCCGCGCCGAGCUUGGCGAGUUCCCACCUGCAGGCGAAUCGUGAACUGGCGAGAAAGCAGCAGACUGCCCUCCGUCGAGGUCUCUUUCUGGCGACGGAGUUGGAAGACUGGAUGGGAGAAGACUGUCCGGGCCUUGAUCGCCAGUGCAUCAUCCGCUUCCCGCCUCCCAUUGCUGCGCUCCUGCGGAAACGGCUUUCGACCGUAACCUCUCCUGAGUUCCACAACUCAGCGAAGUCAGAGGCAAUCGGAACCGACGGGUCUCCACAGGGGCCUUCGUAUCCCCCUGGCUGUUCCGCGGCGAAUCCUCUAGGCCUCACAAUCAUUCCCAGAGACGAGUGGAGCUAUCGCAUCUUCGAUGUCAAAGUUUCUGGCCACAAAGGGAAGUUGCUUGGCGUUUUGGUCGAGCUCCCGACUCUCGUCGAGACGUACAAGUCUCUCGACGGUGACCUUCUCUUCAAGUCGGGUAAUGCCCUGCCUGCUUGUACCGCCUCGUGUAUUGGCAGCUCUCCUCUCUGGUGUUCCUCUUCCUCCUUUUCGGGUCCUCUCCUCUCGCAAGUCCUCAAGUCGGUUGCUAUCGUGUCUGCGGAAGUGGAGAUGAAAAAUAAACUCGGGGCAGAGACGCUUCUGCGUCGACGUAGAGGUCGCCGCGUUUUUUGGUGCUACCACGUGCGUCUCCCCUCUGUUCUCUGCUCUCGACACGUGCUCCCCUCUCUUUCCCGCGGGCUCCAUAGCGCGCGCUCUCCUCUCCUCUGUGGCUUCGCCCUCGCGGCGCAUGCAGGCGACAUUUGCCAGAUGAUUGUCGUCUGCGAUCCGCAAGAUCCCCGCGAGGCGAUCGACGUGCAGGACCUCAGUGAGCGACAGCAGUGGGAGUGGAAGGCAGGCCUGACGCCGCCGACGCACCGCAUCCGCAGCCGGAAAUUCAAGAAUCUGGAUUUGUUUGACAGACAGGAAAUCCGCGACGCAGAGCUCCAGGUUCUCGAGCUCCUCCACUCAACUAGGCGAGACAACUACGAAAUCGAGGUCCACACGCUCCACGAGAUGCACCGAAUUUUGGAGCAGCAGCGUGAAGCUGCGGAAGGGAAGGCGCCGAAACCCACGGCGCCGGGAGCCACGGCCAACGGCACGGCAGUCGUCGAGCACGUGGUGAGCUGCGACGACGACGUCCUCGCCUGGCUGGACUCCGCGGGGAUGCUCCACGGCGCCGUUCUGGAGCCAGAGGGGGAAGGCAGCUUCUCCGACUACUCGGAUAUUCUCUUCGACUACACGCCUGUCGUUGGAGGCGCUGCGGGCGCCAUGACGACGUUCGGUGCCCGAGGCCCAGGAGGCCCCCGAGGGUCUCGCGGGCGCAGCGCGUGGCGAACUGCAGCCGCGAGUCAACCAGGAGUUCCGGUCUCCCACGAAAGCUUGGUUUUCGGAGGCGCCGACGGUCGGGCUGCGCAGCUGGAAGACGAAGACGGCGCAGGCUCGGCAGUGGAGAUGGACCGCGGAGACUCCGGCGGACCAGUGGCCAGUGGCCCAUGCCCGGUACUCGUCGGUGUUGGCCCCGGCGAGAUGGGUCAGCCGCAGGCCCCCGUAGUCGAGUACCCGGGGCGAGAGAGUGCCGUCCCCGGCGGGGGCGAGGAUCUCGAGGCUCGACUGCGGCGGAAGGAAGAGAGGCGGCAGAAGAAGCUCUUGAAGAAGGAGAAACGGCGGCUGAAGAAGGAGAAGAAGAAGGCGAAACGGGACAAGAAGAAGCAGGUCCAAGGUUCCGGCGCAACUCGAGACGGAGACGAGGGUGGAGGCCUGGCGGGAGGUCAAAGCGCCGGGUCGGCUACGCAGGGCGACGCGUCGAGAGGGGAGGAAGCUGGCGAGAAAGACGGAAGUAGUUCGUCGAGCAGCAGCGACGAGGAGGACGGCGGGAGAGACGACGAUACUCUGCUGUGA